ACUGCCUUUAUAUGCUUUAUAGCCUGAGGCAGCUGCUGAGUUACAAAACCUGACGUUUUGUAACGUCGUGUCUGAAAACGUGACGGACUCACUCGGCACGAGGAGCAGACACUGAAGACCGGCAGACCGGGAGGCGCUACUCUCUGAUACGGAUAUGUUGGUGUUUCUAAUAGAACUACUGCAGCUAUAUUGAAAACGACAAGUAUGUCUACCUCCCGUACAAUCAUAUGUUUACUAAGAAACGACUUGCGUCUCCACGACAAUGAGCUUUUCCACUGGGCUCAAAGAAAUGCAGAGUACAUCGUCCCACUGUACUGCUUCGACCCAAGACAUUAUGCGGGAACGUACAACUACAACCUACCAAAGACUGGUCCUUUCCGCCUGCGCUUCUUACUGGAGAGUAUCCGGGACCUUAGAAACACGUUGCUCAACAAGGGCAGCAACCUUGUGGUGAGACGGGGUAAGCCAGAGGAGGUAGUUGCCGACCUCAUCAAGCAACUGGGUUCUGUCAGCACUGUGGCUUUCCAUGAAGAGGUAACUUCGGAAGAACUGAAUGUGGAGAAACGAGUGAAGGAUGUCUGUGCAAAGAUGAAGGUCAAAGUUCACACCUGCUGGGGUGCUACACUGUACCACAGAGAUGAUCUUCCUUUUCACCACAUUUCCAGGCUGCCUGAUGUGUACACUCAGUUCAGGAAGGCAGCGGAGACCCAAAGCAGGGUGAGGCCUGUGUUCCCAACCCCCGAGCAGCUAAAGCCUCUCCCUCAAGGGCUGGAGGAAGGAGCCGUUCCUACAGUAGAAGACCUGCAACAGACACAGCCUGUGACUGAUCCUCGCUCAGCCUUCCCCUGCAGUGGUGGUGAAAGUCAGGCUCUGGCCAGACUCAAACACUAUUUCUGGGACACUGAUGCUGUUGCAACUUACAAGGAGACUCGUAAUGGCUUGAUUGGUGUGGAUUAUUCCACUAAAUUUGCACCUUGGCUGGCGAUGGGUUGCAUUUCACCAAGGUAUAUUUAUCAUCAGAUCAAGCAGUAUGAGAGGGAGCGAACAGCCAAUCAGAGCACAUACUGGGUUAUUUUUGAACUUUUGUGGAGGGAUUACUUCAAGUUUGUAGGAGUCAAAUACGGAAACAGACUGUUUCAGGUCGAAGCUCGUGGUAAUUUUCUCUCAGGUCUUCAAGACAAAUCUGUUCCAUGGAAAAAGGACAUGAAGCUUUUCAAUGCGUGGAAAGAGGGACAAACAGGAGUGCCCUUCGUGGAUGCAAACAUGAGAGAAUUGGCAAUGACAGGCUUCAUGUCCAACAGGGGGCGGCAAAAUGUUGCUAGCUUCCUCACAAAAGACCUGGGCCUGGAUUGGAGGAUGGGAGCUGAGUGGUUUGAAUACCUUCUGAUUGACCAUGAUGUCUGCAGCAACUAUGGCAACUGGCUUUACAGCGCUGGUAUAGGAAAUGACCCUAGAGAGAACCGGAAGUUCAACAUGAUCAAGCAAGGCCUCGACUAUGACAAUAAUGGUGACUAUGUACGGCAGUGGGUUCCUGAGCUGCAGGGCAUCAGGGGAGCUGACGUGCACACGCCCUGGACCCUCAGCACUGCUGCACUGUCACAUGCUCAAGUGUCCCUUGGAGAGACCUACCCCACCCCCAUCGUUAUAGCGCCUGAAUGGAGCAGACACACUAACAAGAAACUGAAUGGCACAGGGCCUUCACCAAGAGGAAAGAAAGGCCCAUCUCACACUCCCAAACAACAUCGGGAUAGAGGCAUAGAUUUCUAUUUCUCCAAAAGCAAAAACCUAUGAUCUGCCUCAAAGCAAACACAUAACAAGAUGCUCAGAGGAUGGAAGCUCCAGUGAUGCAAACUUGGACUGUUGCUGUAAAAUCUGUGUUGCAUACUGACGUGUUGAUCUAGGGAAGUUAUUUGAUGAGGAUUUGAGGAAAUGCAUGGUUCUACUUACACUUGAAUACUUGAACUUAUCUAUAUACAGUAUAUAUACUAGGCUACAUGACACCAGUUCUCUAGAAAAAUAGGCCUCAUAAAGCACCUUUCCUGGACUCAUUUCUACAUUUCCUGCUGUGCUGCAACAGUGAAAGCCACAUUGUGGUUUUUAGUUUUGAUCAGUUACAAUGAUUUGUAUGUUGGUGUUUUGUGCAGAUUGUUUUUCUUGCCAUUUUCUUGUCUUUUUGGAUAUACAGCUGUUUUAUUAAUUCUAUCUGUGGCAGUUACAAAAUAAUAUUGCUAAAUGGAAGCAUUUUUGUUACCUGAUUUUGUUAUGCAAUGCUGUAAAUUACACCGUUAUCAGCAUUA